AGGGAGGAAGAUUGAUCAUUUGUCCUGGGCCUUACAUCCCUUCGGAGAAACACUUUCAUUCUUUAUCCAACGCCACAAUUCUCCAAUUUUUUUGGGGGAUUGGAUUACAGCUAAUGAGGAGUCUUGCCUUGUGUUUUUCUUUUAUUUUUUGGGCUUUUUUUUUUGGCGGGAGGAGUCGCUCAGCAUCCUCAGCAUCCUCAGCAGCAGAGGGAGUCAGUCCACCAAAGAUCCCAUCCCAGACCACGUCGGGUAAGCCGCGCUGCUGCAACAUCCUCGGACGUGCCUGCACACCCCGCCAGCCAGCCUCGGACGCAGGGUCUUGUGAUGUGUGCAGUGUCGUAGAAGGGAGUGACAUAUGUCACACACACACACACAUCUGCGUGUCACUCACUCUGACACACCAGUUCCAGCCGAGCAGUCACCAUGAACGCCAGCUUAUCCUGUAGAGAUAUAUGAGGCAGUUUGGGCUUGUCAUGGGGGUGAGCGGAAGCAGAGAGUGACAGAGGAACAGUGAUGCUCCUGUUUACAUAACAAGACACACACACACACACACACACACACACACACACACACACAUAGAGGCAAAGGACUGAGUCACCACACACUCAGAGGCACUGAAUCACACACAAAGGCACACAGGCAAAAGGUUAUUUUCCAAGGGUCAGGGUGUGUGUGUGUGCGCGGUGUGUUUACGGGUCAAGCGUGCAGGAUACCUCUGAAGGCACGUAAACGCACCACCCCCCCGCCCGCCCCUGAACACACCAUUAUGUCCGAGCAGAAGAGGAGACGGGGAGCUCCUCCGCCGCCGCACCUCUGCUCUCUCCUCGGGCCGCUCUGCCUCCUCCUGGCCCGCUGCUCGGCGCAGCAGACGGCGCCCGUCGUCUCCACGGCGCAGGGACGCAUCCGAGGCAACCUGACCCCGCUGCCCUCGGACCUCCUGGGCCCCGUCAUCCAGUACCUGGGAGUGCCUUACGCCAGGCCGCCGACCGGGGACCGACGCUUCCAAGCGCCCGAGCCGCCCUUACCCUGGCCCGGGAUACGAAACGUGACCCAGUUUGCGCCCGUCUGCCCGCAGUCGCUGGACGAGAGGAGCAUGCUGGGAGAUAUGAUGCCCUCCUGGCUCACCGCCAACCUGGACAUUGCCGCCACCUACCUGACCCACCAGAGCGAGGACUGCCUCUACCUCAACAUCUACGUGCCCACCGAGGAAGACAUCCACGAGGAGGGGGGCCAGAGGCCCGUGAUGGUCUACGUCCAUGGCGGCUCCUACACGGAAGGCACCGGCAACAUGAUGGACGGCAGCGUGCUGGCCAGCUACGGCAACGUCAUCGUCAUCACCCUCAACUACCGCCUGGGCGUACUCGGGUUUUUGAGUACCGGCGACCAGGCCGCCAAGGGGAACUAUGGCCUGCUGGACCAGAUCCAAGCUCUGCGCUGGGUCAAGGAGAACAUUGCAGCGUUCGGAGGAGAUCCAAACAGGGUGACCGUGUUUGGAUCUGGAGCUGGCGCCUCCUGUGUCAGUCUGCUCACCUUGUCUCACUACUCUGAGGAUUUGUUCCACAGAGCCAUCAUCCAAAGCGGCAGCGCUCUGGCCAGUUGGGCCGUCAACUACCAGCCCAGCAAGUACGCCCGACAGCUGGGCGAGAGGGUGGGCUGCGGCAUCGAUGACAGCACUCAGCUGGUGGCCUGCCUGCAGGGCCGCAGCUACCGCGAGCUGGUGGAGCAGCACGUCUCCCCCGCCAAGUACCACACGGCCUUCGCGCCGGUGAUAGACGGCGACGUGAUACCGGACGACCCGCAGAUCCUGAUGGAGCAGGGAGAGUUCCUCAACUACGACGUCAUGCUGGGGGUCAACCAGGGCGAGGGGGUGAAGUUCGUGGAGGGCAUCGUGGACUCUGAGGACGGGGUCACGGCGGAGGACUUCGACUUUGCUGUGUCGGACUUUGUGGACAGUCUGUACGGAUACCCUGAAGGCCGCGACACUCUGAGAGAGAGUAUAAGGUUCAUGUACACCGACUGGGCCGACCGCGACAAUGCGGAAACGAGACGGAAGACCCUGGUGGCGUUGUUCACAGACCACCAGUGGGUGGCCCCUGCCAUCGCCACCGCAGACCUGCACGCUCAGUACGGGUCGCCGACCUACUUCUACUCCUUCUACCACCACUGCCAGAGUGAAGCCACGCCACCCUGGGCAGACUCUGCACAUGGCGACGAGGUCCCCUACGUGUUCGGCGUGCCCAUGGUGGGUCCUACCGACCUCUUCAACUGCAACUUCUCCAAGAACGACGUCAUGCUCAGCGCCGUGGUGAUGACCUACUGGACCAACUUCGCCAAGACGGGAGACCCCAACCAGCCUGUUCCCCAAGACACCAAGUUCAUCCACACCAAACCCAACCGCUUCGAAGAGGUGGCCUGGUCUAAGUACACCCCUAAAGAGCAGCUGUACCUCCACAUCGGCCUGAAGCCCCGGGUCAGAGACCACUACCGGGCCACUAAGAUUUCCUUCUGGCUCCAGCUGGUCCCUCACCUGCACCACGUCAACGAGCUCCUCCAGUCCGUGUCCUCCUUCACCCACAGUCCGUCUCCCCAGGACGACACUCCUUACUCCUACACCAAGCGGCUGUCCAAGGGCUGGCCUCCGAGCAGCACGCGCCACCCGGGCUCCCAAGGCGGUACCCCGCCGCCGCCAGAGUCCGCUCUAGGACAGGGCGGAGGGGAAGACGGCGUUCACGUCCCCAACGAGGACUACUCGACGGAGCUCUCUGUUACCAUCGCAGUGGGAGCGUCUCUGCUCUUCUUGAAUAUCUUGGCGUUCGCCGCUCUUCUCUACAAGAAAGACAAGCGGAGGCUGGAGCAUCGCAGGCCGCGUCCGCUUCCUCCCCCGCGCCGGGAUAUCACGGCUGCCGAUGUUGCUGCUCACCUUCAGGGGGAAGGACUGAUGUCAUUGCAGGUGAAGCAGCUGGAGUCGGACGCAGCGUCGGCCGAGGAGAGGAACAACACCCACCACCACCACACGCUGGACACGCUGGACGCCCUGGACGGCUUGGACACCCAGGACAUCUACAGCACGCUGGACACCGUGCGUCUCACCUGCCCGCCCGACUACACCCUCACCUUGCGCCGCUCGCCCGACGACGUGCCCCUCAUGACCUCCCUCACCCCGGGCUCGCUGCCCGUGACCCCGGGCUCGCACUCAGCGACCCCCGCCACCCCCAUGACCCCCAUGACCCCCGGCUCGGUGGUGGGCCUGAGGAUGGGCCACCCGCACCAGGGAUACACGCACCACAGUCCCUACGGCAACACGCACUUGCCGCACACGCACAUCUCCGCGCACACACACUCCACCACCCGCGUAUAACCGCAGCGGGACAUAAUCACAACACACACGCUUACACACACACACAUCGAGCAAGUACAAGACUGAAAUACCUCUACUAAUGACCCUGCAGGAUUGUUCCAGAUGGAGGCAGCAUGGUAGGAACAGGAGACUAAACAGCUGUGUGGGGAGCAGAUGAAGAACCGGAGAUGCAGUUCUAUGCAUCGCUAGAACCAUUACCACACCUUCUGCUUUUUUCUAAGCCCUCCAGGAUAAAACAAAAGGGGUGGAUCUUGGGGUAAAAACUGACCACACACUUAUAUAAACACACACACACACACACACACACACACACACACACACACACACACACACACACACACACACAUGGACUCCUGAUGACCACCUGAACAACCUGUGAAAUGUGAAUGUAGCAAUUUUUGUCUUCUUCUGUUUUUCAACUAAAAGAACAACCUGCAGAAGAGAACAAAAUACAAGAAGAAGAAGAAGAAGAAAAAAAAUGGAGGAAUCUAUAUUUAAAAAGAAAAAAUAUAUAUAACCUAUAAGUCAGGCCUGGGGAAUUAUUUCGACUCGGGGGCCACACUUAGAGAAAUUUAGGUACACUAAUACAAAACCUCAUAAUGAUUAAAUGCUAAAAAAAAAACGUUAUGACAGACUGCCUUAAAAAAACCUAAUGGAAUUUUACAUUUUUCUAUGAACGAUACAACACUGAAUAUUAAAAAAAUAUAUAAAUGUCAUCCCCCUCCUUCCCCCUUUCGAUCGACAUGUUUUACAAUCAAGUGAAACGCAACAAAAAUGCAAAAAACGGUGAAAAAUAACCCACCUACAAUCUGAUAUAUCACUAAGCUUUAGAAAUUAGUUGUGAAAAGCUCCUUCCGCGACUGUGGAAACGCUCCCCGCCCACACUACUUGGUGCCUCGUCUGAGCUGCUGUGACUUACAUUACCAUAGUUACUAAUUAUAUUACUAUAGUAACUAGCAUAUAAAUGGUAAAUGGGUUAUACUUGUAUAGCGCUUUUCUACCUUCAAGGUACUCAAAGCGCUUUGACACUAUUUCCACAUUCACCCAUACACACACACAUUCACACACUGAUGGAGGGAGCUGCCAUGCAAGGCCCUAACCACGAACCAUCAGGAGCAAGGGUGAAGUGUCUUGCUCAAGGACACAACAGGCAUAAUGCAAAAGCACAGAUUCCAACCAUUGAAAUACUUUGUACAAAUCCCGUUUCCAUAUGAGUUGGGAAAUUGUGUUAGAUGUAAAUAUAAACAGAAUACAAUGAUUUGUAAAUCCUUUUCAACCCAUAUUCAGUUGAAUAUGCUACAAAGACAACAUAUUUGAUGUUCAAACGCACAAAUUCAUAUUUUUUUUUGCUAAUAGUAAAUAACUUAGAAUUUCAUGGCUGCAACACGUGCCAAAGUAGUUGGGAAAGGGCAUGUUCACCACUGUGUUACAUCACCUUUUCUUUUAACAACACUCAAUAAAUGUUUGGGAACUGAGGAAACUAAUUGUAGAAAGCUCUGAAAAUGGGAUUCUUUCCCAUUCUUGUUUUAUGUAGAGCUUCAGUCCUUCAACAGUCCGGGGUCUCCGCUGUCGUAUUUUACGCUUCAUAAUGCGCCACACAUUUUCCAUGGGAGACAGGUCUGGACUGCAGGCGGGCUAGGAAAGUACCCACACUCUUUUUUUUUUACAAAUCCACGCUGUUGUAACACGUGCUGAAUGUGGCUUGGCAUUGUCUUGUUGAAAUAAGCAGGGGCGUUCAUGAAAAAUUAGAUGGCAGCAUAUGUUGUUCCAAAACCUGUAUGUACCUUUCAGCAUUAAUGGAGCCUUCACAGAUGUGUAAGUUACCCAUGCCUUGGGCACUAAUGCACCCCCAUACCAUCACAGAUGCUGGCUUUUCAACUUAGCAACGAUAACAGUCUGGAUGGUUCGCUUCCCCUUUGGUCCGGAUGACACAGUGUCGAAUAUUUCCAAAAACAAUCUGAAAUGUGGACUUGUCAGACCGCAGAACAAGUUUCCACUUUGCAUCAGUCCAUCUUAGAUGAUCUCGGGCCCAGAGAAGCCGGCGGCGUUUCUGGAUGUUGUUGAUAAAUGGCUUUCGCUUUGCAUAGUAGAGUUUUAACUUGCACUUAAAGAUGUAGUAACGAACUGUGUUUAGUGACAGUGGUUUUCUGAAGUGUUCCUGAGCCCAUGUGGUGAUAUCCUUUAGAGAUUGAUGUGGGUUUUUGAUACAGUGCCGUCUGAGGGAUGGAAGGUCACGGUCAUUCAAUGUUGGUUUCCGGCCAUGCCGCUUACGUGGAGUGAUUUCUCCAGAUUCUCUGAACCUUUUGAUGAUAUUAUGGAGCGUAGAUGUUGAAAUCCCUACAUUUCUUGCAAUGUCACUUUGAGAAAGGUUGUUCUUAAACUGUUUGACUAUUUGCUCACACAGUUGUGGACAAAGGGGUGUACCUCGCCCCAUCCUUUCUUGUGGAAGACUGAGCAUUUUUUGGGGGGAAGCUGUUUUUAUACCCAAUCAUGGCACCCACCUGUUCCCAAUUAGCCUGCACACCUGUGGGAUGUUCCAUAUAAGUGUUUGAUGAGCAUUCCUCAACUUUGUCAGUAUUUAUUGCCACCUUUCCCAACUUCUUUGUCACGUCUUGCUGGCAUCAAAUUCUAAAGUUAAUGAUUAUUUCAGUUUGAACAUCAAAUAUGUUGUCUUUGUAGCAUAUUCAACUGAGUAUGGCUUGAAAAUGAUAUCAUUGUAUUCUGUUUAUAUUUACAUCUAACACAAUUACAUCAAACGCAUAUGGAAACGGGGGUUUUGUACUUUGUAGAGUUGAAGACUUCCGGUCAUUAGAAAACAUGACUGCACAUCAUAAUGGCAGCUACAUUUUCCAUAUUAAAGAUCUAAAAUAAAUUAUUUGGGAAUGUCCGGCGGGCCAGAUUGAAAAGCUCAACGGUCCACACAUGUGGCCCCCGGGUCUUAAUUUGCCCAGGUCUGCUGAAGGGAAAGUGAGAGAUUGAUCAGGGGGUAGGGGGAGGGAGGGGGGGGGGGGGGGAUUAUAGUAUACCAGCCCUCUGAGAUGCUCCACCCGACCAUCGCUCCUACCAGCUAUGUGUUCCACUCCUGUAAAUAGAAGGGAAAGAUGAUAUAUUAUUAUGAUUUUAUAGCAUUUACUUGCAUUGACUUAUUUAACCACAUUAUGGCUUUCAUUUUCCGAUAUUACUCCGUUCUUGUGUCGGUGUCCUGACCCGAGGCUGCUUGUACGUCUCCCGUCACCCCGCCCUCGUAUGUACACUUCAUUUGGAAGAAGGCUAUACUUUGGCCAGUCUCAUGUACUUGUAUACUUGUUUAGUCGCUGAAACAUGGGCAUUUAAAGAAAACAACAAAAAAAAAGAAGAGAAAAAAAAAAGCACUGUCCUGUCUAUUUGUUUUCCUGCUAGAUCAGGGGUGUCCAAAGUGCGGCCCCGGGGGGCCAUUUGCGGCCCACAGGUCAUUUUUUAACGGCCCCACAACACAUUGUAAAAAUACUACUAAAAAAAAACAAAAACAUAAAAAGUGUUGUAAAAGAGCCAAGAGGUGAAAUGUAACAUGAAAAUGUUGCAAUGUUGACUCUAAUAACACAAAACUGCCAUGCAGGCUGUUUCUUUCUUUUAAGAAAAAUAAUAAUGAAUCAAAAUCAAUGACAUUAUGAAUUAUUGACCUAUUCAAGGCUCCAAAAUGUCAUAUUAAAUAUUCCACUUUGAGAUAUUCUUUGGGGAAAAUGUUGCAUAUUUUGUGUUUGCUAUGUAAAAAAGUAAGCUGUUUUUUUUUUUUAAUUAGUUUUAAAAAGGGCCUCAAACAAACAAACAAAAACAAAACGUAUAAUCGGAAGUUGAUCUGGAGGUUAUUGUGUUAAAAUUAAACGGUUAAUAAAAUGUAUAAUUUAUUUUUGGAUCUGUCGCGCCUGUGUGAAUGUUGUCUGUCUAUCUCUGUUGGCCCUGCGAUGAGGUGGCGACUUGUCCAGGGUGUACCCUGCCUUCCGCCCGAUUGUAGCUGAGAUAGGCGCCAGCGCCCCCCGUGACCCCGAAAGGGAAUAAGCGGUAGAAAAUGGAUGGAUGGAUCCGUCACGCCAAAUUUCUUCCCCCCUACAAAAACCUUGAAGUGAAUUAUAUUUAUAUAGCGCUUUUCUCUAGUGACUCAAAGCGCUUUACAUAGUGAAACCCAAUACCUAAGUUACAUUCAAACCAGUGUGGGUGGCACUGGGAGCAGGUGGGUAAAGUGUUUUGCCCAAGG